CGUGUAACGUGGGAACAGAUGGGGCGCACUGUUCAAGGUGGUUGCUGCAGAUAAAUUGCUCAUAGAUGGGGGUGCUCUCAGCACUGACGCGGGGGCUCGUGAGAGGAGCUGACAGAAUGGCGGAGUUCACAAGUAAGCGCGGCCCUAGGACAUUCUACAAAAGUAGAGGCGCCAGACCCACUGGAGUGCUCACCUCCAGCAGAAAAUUCAUACCUGUACGGGCCAUGAUACCAGAGUUUGUGGUGCCUAAUUUGGAGGGAUUUAACCUGAAACCCUAUGUAUCAUACAAGACCCCAGAAGGAACAGAGCAGCCCAUGACUCCAGAGGAGCUCUUCACUCAGGUGGUGGCUCCACAGAUUGAGAGAGACAUUGAGGAGGGUGUUUUCACCAAGGAGAAUCUUGAAAGAUACGGCUUAGAGAAAACACAAGAAGGAAAGUUGUUCAAGUUGCAUCCCAAGAACUUUGUUUGUUAAGAAAAAAUUUUUUGUGCACUUCAGAGAUUUGCAAUGGACUUUAAACAAGUGUAUAAAUGAAGUAUUUUUGCUUUUUUCCAACAAACAUCACAGGUCAUCACAGAUUAAAACCAUUCCAUAGGCAGCUAUUUAUCAAAAGAAAUAUUUUCUGCUGUAUAGUCAGUUUUGCAGAAUUGCACUUAAAACUGACAUCCUUUAAAUUUUCAGUUUGCCUGGAGCUGCUGACAUAUGUCCAAACUAUGUCAAAACCACACCAAUUUCAACUGAAUAACUCCUUAGAGGAACAUAUAAUUUUACAAAAGAAAUAAAUAGAUACAUGUGUUUAUUAA